CAGUGAGUUCUCAAUUGCAACACGAGGCACACCGUAUCAGACACAUAGAUAGCACUACUGUUCGAGGACCGUUUUAUUCUUCUGACCAUCAUUCUUACCAUAUUUUGAAUUGUAGUGCAGUGAUCUUCAUCGACGAUAUCAGGAACGAAGACUGCAAGAUUCUACUACCACUACAAGACCAGCAGUAUUACAACAGCUAGCACUCCUCCGUGAUAUUAGCACUAGAAACAGCUCCAGCAGUAACGUCGUUACCAUAAUUUGCAGCAGAUCCAUCCAUUUCAUCACAUCUGCUUCUAAAUCAUCGACUACUCCACUAUAUAUCCCCAUACCCAUCACACCACCGUAGCCCAUGGACACCCUCACACCAUGAACCCCACCGCGCCCGUCAACACCAACCCGUCGUCGCCUGCGAUCUCCAUCACGCCCUCCAACUCCAACGGCGCCAAUGUCAAUGUCUUCAAGUCUCGUAGUCGCGCAGGUACCCUUCCUUCGCUGUUCUUGAACACACCCUCGCUACUUCUCAACAACAAUAAUAACCUAAACAACAGCAACAACUUAAACAAUAACUACAAUAAUCUCAACAAUAAUAGCUUGCCCACCAUGGACUCCAUCUCGUUGGCCGUGUCUGGCUCGUCUCCUUCGCCAUCGUCCAACGCCAUCGACAUACCUACCUCAUCUUCAACUGCUACCCACGCAGGAGUUCCUACUUCUUCGCGAAGAAUGCGUCUGGGCUCCCUUUUCUCCACUAAUUCUAUCUGGAACGACGACAACGUUUCCGUGCACUCAUCUUCACAGCACUCCAAUGGACUUCUCGAUAACACAAGUUUACACUCCUUCGAUGGCACUACUAAUUCCAACAUCAACAACAUCAACAAUAACAACAACAAUAACAUCGUAAACAGUAAUAGCAAUAAUAGCAGCAAUGGAUCCGGAAAUACUUCGUCAUUCAUAUCGCCUAACUCGUCUCUAACUUCUUCUGGAGCUCAUGGAACUACUUCUGCGCUCAAUGCGAAUACCAGAAAUAGAUCAUACACAACAACAGCAGCCAUUUCCAACAUCAACAUACUCCCUAUGACUAGCUCCAGUGGGUUUCUGAUGGCGGAUUCUCAUAAUUCUUCCAGAAUGUCUACUUCUCCCUUUGUAAACGUCUCUAACAAGACGAAUGACAUGAACUAUCUCUUAGAUAACCUCAUGCUCAACAUGAACAACGGCCCUGCUAACGCCAAUCUCUCGAAUAUCGUCUCUAACUCCAGACACAGAGCCCAGACAUAUUCGGGAACGACUCCCACUAUUCCGGAAUCUACUUUAAACCAUCCACAAGGUGCCCAGGUUUUACAACAACAGCAACAACAGCAGCAGCAACAAUACCCUCAAAUUCAACUCCAGUUUCCACACCAACUUGCUGAAAAUGUAGCUUCAGAGCAGCCGGUUUUAUUGAAUGACUACGAUUUCUCGCAGUUGGUUAUCACCACCAACUUUGAAAAUCCCAGUCUUGGACCUACGAGAGUUCUUCUAUUUGACAACUUGCCUCAAUUCGUAGAUGCAUUCAAGUUGUACAAUAUCUUGAGCAAUUCUCUAGGCAACCAACGAACUUUGGGAGGAGUCAGAGCUAUCAGAAUAACUUCCACAGCUUCUUCGAAGCUUGCUCUCGUAGAAAGCAGCUCAGUAGACAUAGCAAUGUCACUCAAGGCCAAUUUCAACCAUUUGGAGUUGGUACCUGGCGUGAUUUUAUAUGUUGCUUUCGCAAAGAUAGUCGAGCCUCAGUCUACUAUAACUCAGCAUCAAGCGGCUCCCGUCGUUCAAGCGACUGCUGAGACUGCUGCACCCAUUUCUUCUUCCAAUGGAACUAAUGGAAAUAGCAAGGCUACUUCAACUAACGGAGUUUCAGCUUCAAAGCCUAAUGGUUCCAAUGAAUCCAAGAAUACUGACUUAAUUGUUAUACAAAAGAGCUUGAUUCACACCAUCAGUAAGUUGAGUACGAAAGCUAACCACGCUGAUUUGAACAAGGUGGUCUCGAUUAUCAACAAGUCGAUUGCUUAUCCAAAUGACCACUACCAAGACAACUUUGGUCCCUUACCUGAUCCAAUACCUUUGCGUCAAUUUGAUUCUCCUAAGUUGAGAGAGUUGCGUAAGAUCUUGGAGAAUAACGAAAAUGCCUUGAAUAAUGAACCGCUCACGAAUUCGUCACCCGUAUCUAGUGGUGAUGGAGAAGAAGGUGACGUUGGCAACAAAGUCAUGACUCAGUUGGAAUUAGAAGAAUUGUGUUUGGCUAUGCUUGACGAGUUGCCAGAGUUGUGUUACGACUACUUGGGUAACACUAUCGUACAGAAGCUUUUCAAUUUGGUUGAGUCGCCCUUAAUCAAGUUGAUGAUGGUGAAAGAAAUCACUCCCUUCUUGACCCAAUUGAGUAUCCACAAAAACGGUACCUGGGCCAUCCAGAAGAUCAUAAAUCUCUGUGGAAAUGACUUCCAGCAGAAGUACUUGAUUGGAGCUAGUUUGAAGCCUUAUGCAGCCAAGUUGUUCAACGACCAGUUUGGUAACUAUGUUUUACAGGGCUGUAUCAAGUUUGGUUCGCCUUUCAAUGAUUUCGUUUUUGAAGCAAUGUUGGAUAACUUCAUCGAGAUCAGUUUCGGAAGAUUUGGGGCUAGAUGUAUCAGAACGAUUCUCGAAACUGCCAACGAAUCCAAUGCCAUAUCCAACGAACAAGUAGUGCUUGUGGCAGGACUUAUUGUAGAGUUUGCUAACGAAUUAGUUGUGAACAACAAUGGUUCGUUGUUGAUUACUUGGUUCUUAGAUACAUUUAACGACAAGGGUGCCGCUGUAGAUGACAGAUUUGAGUUGUUAACCAAUAAGUUUUUGCCACAUUUGGCAAAGUUGUGUACCCACAAGCUUGCCAAUUUGACAAUCCUCAAGAUCUUGAACAACAGAUCAGACUUGAAACGGAAACAGUUGAUCAUGGACACCAUAUUUGGAAGAAUGGAGGACUAUGAGGGUUAUUCUGAUGAAAUUGACGACUCAUCUAGACCUACAUCCAAAUUACUAGAGUUAAUUUUGAGCGAAUAUCCAGAAAAUGCUGCAGGACCCUUAUUCAUUUACAAGAUCUUGACUAACCCCUUGCUUUUGAACUUGAAUGACGUCAAGACUGGAAACAACGAAAUGGAUCCUAGAAGAAACUCAAGAUACCAGCAAUUUAUUGUGGGUCAAAUCAGACGAAUCUUGUUAGAAUUGAACAUCACCAACUUCCAGCCAUACAAAAAAUUGAUGGAUGAAGCUGGUCUUUCGAGUAACAGAUUGAACAGAGCAACUUCUAUGACAGGAAACGGAAAACGUAACAAGAGAGGAGGCAAUUCUCGGUCUGGCAUUAGCAGCCAUGGUGUGUCAUCUAAGAUUUCACCAGAGUCGGGUGGCAUACCUGGGCAGCCUGUGAUGGCAACUAUGUCGUAUGGGGCUCCUCCUCAGUACUAUAUUCCUGCUCAACAGUACCAGCAACAAAAACCACUUCCACAAGGAUCUCCCAAGGGCUACAAUGCAUACCAAAACAUGCCUCCAAUGAUGAACCAGCAACAAUACCCUAUUAGUCAACAACCGCUCUACUACCAACCAGAACAACAGAUGCAUGAAUUGCAACAGCAACAAGAUAUCUUAGCCAUGCAACAGUUGGAGCAAUUGUCUUUGAGUUCUGCCGCUUUGGGCUACAAUUCAAACCCGGGAACGCCUGGAGGCAACAACCAAAGAAGUCUGUUCUUCUAGCCAGCAGUAACCACUGUAUAUAAAGGUAUGCAAAAAGACCUGAACUCAAACUAUUUAUCAUGUUCAUUUAUGAAACAGAAAAAAUUACAACUUUAUACAUUUUUUUAUCUACUCUGAAUUUAUCUCGACUUUUUCUUUCAUUUCACUUACUAAAGCUACGAGGGAUGCUAUACAAAAAAAUAAUAAGAAAACUACUGGUUAAUGGUUUCUUUUCUGAAAAUUGUUUGACUUUACUAGGGCCACCAUAUUGGUGUUACUUCCUUUUUUUCACUUGUUUCCAUCUUGUUUCUGGUCACCCAGACCUGUUAUCUAAAAAUAGCAACGUAUUUAUAAUGUUUAAUAAAUAAUCAACCUAUCUAA